GACAUUCGGUGCAAAACAAUGAGACAAUCGGUUCAGUGAACUCAAUUGGAGUCCAACCGAGAGUUGAAUCGCUUGACAGCACUAUAAGUCAUAAACAAUGAGUCAAUUCGAGUGCUUCGUAACGAUUGGCUCAGAAAAGCGCGUGAUUUCAUUGGACGCCGGAGUGGACUCACUGUCCGUGCCGUUCGGACACAUCUACUCGCGCUUGAGUCAGUCGUCGGACGUGUCGCUCGAGAGCCAUGUGUUUGAAAUAUUUGACUUCUCGUUCAAUGCCUUCAACCGGUUGUCGAGUACUGAAACACCCGUUAAAUACUUGUCCCGAAUUAGGGUCACACCUAAGCCGGGGGUCACCCCAAUGGCCCCACAGACCGAUACCCGGGUCACACCACUGGCCAAUAAUGGCACUUAUAGUAGUCAUCAUAAGGCUAACCAUAAGGGGUUUGAGAGUAAUCUGAAUAACGAUUACUUUAACCCAAAUCUGGUGUCUGAGAGCCACGACGACGAGGAGGAAGAGGGAAACGGACGCCGAAGUCACCGAUUGGUGCGAUUGGAGACCACAGACCUGUCA